CAGCCUGGCGUCCCGUCGGAGCCGGAGCCGGCGGUGCGGUGCGGGCGCGAUGCGGGCGACGCUGCUGCUGCUGCUGGCGCUGCUGGCGUUGGCGUCGGGCUCGCGGCCCGGGGGCGACCGCUGCCCGGCGCGCUGCGACGUCUCCCGCUGCCCGAGCCCCAUCUGCCCCAGCGGGUACGUGCCCGACGGCUGCAACUGCUGCCUGGUGUGCGCGGCGGGCGAGGGCGAGGCGUGCGGACGGGCGGAAGACCCUCCCUGCGGAGAAGGGCUCCAGUGCCGCUCCUUCAACGCCGAGCCCGAGCGGAGGGGCGUCUGCCAGUGCAAGCUGGGCGCCGCCGUCUGCGGCUCCGACGGCAGGAGCUACGCCAACGCCUGCCGCCUCCAGACCGCCGCCAGGCAAGCCCUGCAGCAGGGGAGGCCGCCCGUGCGCCAGGUCCAGAAGGGCGCCUGCAGAGCCGGUCAUCAGCAGCUGAACAGCCCAAGGUUUAAGUUUAACUUCAUUGCCGAUGUGGUGGAGAAGAUAGCACCAGCAGUUGUCCAUAUUGAACUUUUCCUGCGGCACCCUCUGUUUGGUCACAAUGUUCCUCUUUCCAGUGGAUCUGGGUUUAUUAUGUCAGAUACAGGUUUAAUUGUGACCAAUGCCCAUGUUGUGUCCAGCAGUAGUACGGUGACUGGGCGACAACAGUUAAAAGUGCAAUUACAAGAUGGAGAUACUUACGAAGCAAAAAUCAAAGACAUUGAUAAGAAGUCUGAUAUAGCAACAAUAAAGAUCAACCCACGGAAAAAGCUGCCUGCCCUGUCAAUCGGACAGUCUGGCGAUCUGAGGCCUGGGGAAUUUGUGGUGGCUAUGGGGAGCCCUUUUGCCUUGCAGAAUACAGUGACAACAGGUAUUGUCAGUACAGCUCAACGAGACGGGAAGGAGCUGGGCUUGAAAGAUUCUGAUAUGGAUUACAUUCAGACAGAUGCUAUUAUCAAUUAUGGGAACUCAGGAGGACCUCUGGUGAACUUGGACGGUGAAGUGAUUGGCAUCAAUACUUUAAAAGUUACUGCUGGGAUUUCCUUUGCAAUUCCUUCCGAUCGUAUUGCCCAAUUCCUCUCGGAGAAUUAUGACAAAAAAGAUGGGAAGAAAAGAUUUAUUGGCAUAAGGAUGCUCACAAUCACCCCUGUGCUAAUGGAAGAACUGAAGGUUAAUAAUCCAGAUUUUCCAGAUGUCAUUAGUGGAAUUUAUGUCCACGAAGUUGUUCCAAAUUCACCAUCACAAAGAGGUGGAAUUGAAGAUGGCGAUAUCAUUGUGAAGGUGAAUGGACGUCCACUGAAGACUUCCGCUGACCUACAAGACGCAGUGAUGAAUGAAUCGCCUCUACUACUUGAAGUUAGAAGAGGAAACGAUGAUUUAUUAUUUAACAUAGAACCUGAAGUAGUUAUGUAAACCAAACUGAGGAAUAUCACCGUGACACAAUUAAACCUCAUUUAUUCUAGAACUUCAGAUACCUCUUUUACAGUGACAGCAAUCUUGGCGAGUCAUGACUAUGGCUAGUUGAACAAAUUCAAAUGUUCGAACCAGUGUUUUGCCCAUAGUCCACAACGACCAGGCUCCAAUGGCGCUACUUCAUAAUUCAAGCCAUUGCAGAUUUAUGAGAUUCUUGCCUAUUUUAUUUCAUAUAGUUUUAUGACUGUUGAGUAUGAAAGAAGCUCAGAUUCAUGAUCAUUCUUGUGGUUUAAGCAAAAUAUUUAUGCUUAAUUAGCAUUAGACACUAAGCAGCUCAAUAUGGCCUCUAUUUACAAAACACACUUUUGGAUUUAGUCCUUCCACUCUAGUCUGACUUUUAUGGGGUUUACACAGCUAGACUCUUGGCUUUUAUAUAGUUGGUGAGUUGCAGCAUUAAUCUGAUCUCAUCUAAAUCUGAACUCUUGGCAAUCUAGUUUAAAUGUGAAAUUAUGCAUUUGCUUUGCAAGGACUUUAACUUACGUUGAGAAAUUAUUAUUCUCAAAUAGAAGAAGAGUGAUUAAAUGCAAGGGAAAGAGAAUGGUGCUGGUAGCCUUAGCGUGAUGGAUAAAACAAAUAAUUAAUCCUUCCGCCUGCAUUAUUUGUUCUGGUACCAAGCUUGCAUCUCUAGCAAAAUAUUUCUUUAAGCAAGAGUGGUUUGCUUAAGGAAGAAAACACAGCUCAAGCCUCAAGCCCCUUCUACACUGCCAUAUAAAAUCCAGAUUAUCUGAUUUGAACUGGAUUAUAUGGCAGUGUAGACUUAUAUAAUCCAGUUCAAAGAAAAUAAUGUGGAACCCCCGGUAGCACAAUGGAUUAAAAGCUUGUACCAGCAGGACUGCUGACUGAAAGAUCAGUGGCUUGAAUCUGGGGGGCAGGGUGAGCUCCUGUCUGUAAGCUCUAGCUAACAAGAGAAGCCUCCUACAGGAUGGUAAAACAUCCGGACUCCCCCGGGCAACAUCCUUGUAGACAGCCAAUUCUCUCACACCAGUAGUGACUUGCAGUCUCUCAAGUUGCCCCUAACAUGAUUUUUUUUUUAUUAUCUGCUUUGAUAAUAUGGCAGCAUAGAAGCAGUCUCCGAUGUUUACUGGGGAAGAUGUGUUGUGUAAAGGAAAUUCUCUUCACAGGAACUAUUCCAUUCCAAAACCAAUCCUGUGACAUCCCUUUUGAAUCCCCUGUAUUGGGGAAUAUAUCUCCAACAAUUAAUGGAAACCAGCCUAUGCUAGAAAUUCUACACUGAAUAUUUCAAACCUUGUGAAGAAUAGAGAGUUCCUCUCCUUUUGUUAAUACAACUUCUGCAAUCUGGGUGCAGGACAUAAUUUAUCUGAGUGGGCAUCUGUAUUGCCACUCAUAUUUUCUGUGGUAUUUAAAGUGCAGCAAGGUGUUUAAGUGAAAUUCAGGACUCCUUGUUGUGUAUAUACCUGCUUUUGUGUGUGCACACAAUAAAAGCCAUGUGGCUGUUCGCCUUAGAGGAAUAAAGUUAGAGAGGUAUGUGAAAAUGGGCUGUCGUUGUGAAUUCCAAUCUGUCAUCAUGUCACCCUCCUCUUUUAUGAGUGAGUUGCCACUUUCUCCUAAAACCCUUGUCUGGUUUGGUAGUUCUCAAAAAAGCAAUUCUAGACAAAGAUGAACCAGAAGUUAAUGUGGUGUGAGAAGAGAAGGGGAACAGCAUGGCUAAUAUGGGUAGGUGGUCAAGAGCGAGAUCAGCUGGAGAAAGAUCAAGAAGCUAUACCAGAUAUUGAGGCUGGAUCUACACUGCCAUAGAAUCCAGAUUAUCAGAGCAGAUAAUCCACAUUGAACUGGAUUAUAUAAGUAUGGCAUUGAAUCUUGCUAGGUGUUGUAAGCCGCCUUGAGUCCCCUUGGGUGAGAAAGGCGGGGUAAAAAUGUUGUAAAUAAAUAAAUAAGUCUACACUCAUAGAAUCCAGUUCAAAGCAUAUUAUCUGGAUUUUAUAUGGUAGUUUAGAAGGGUCCUGAGACUUCAGCCCCAUCUUUUUCACUAGGUGCCAUUUGACUGUGCCUUCCAUGUAUGAAACUUAAGUAUUUCCAAGCUAUUCUCUGCAACAGCAAGUGCUACAUUUUUGAAAAUUACUUCAAUGCAGGCUAAGCUAUUGCUCUAUUACGCUAUAUGGUUAAUCUGGUUUUGGUCACAGGCUAAUUUGUGCCAAGCUUGUGCAGAAGAGGAAUGUAGUAAAUGAUUCUUAUAGAAUUAUUGCCUGAUGUAAACUCUAAACAAUGUGCAAAGCAAAGCUAAAACUUUGAGAAAGUGCACAAUUUUUCAGGGGUUUAAGUUUUAUCUUUUCAUUGUAUUGGAAAGCAUCAUUAUACAAAUUGUAUACUUAUGACAAGUACUGUAUGUUUCUACUGUACAAAGAUUAAAGUUUACAGAAAUAAA